GCUCUAUCGAGCUGCCAGGACCUUGGUGUCUCUCGGUAAAGAUGGCGGCGCCCAUGGAGGCUGUGCCACUUAACAAAGAAGAGGAGGAAAAUGAAGAGCAGAGUCAACAGGGUGAAACUGAAGAGUUAGAUGAUAUUCCAGGCCCUGCAGAACCAAGGGUGAAGGACACACCAGGAGACAUAACAUUUGAGGCUGCUGUCAACACAAUUGCCUUUCACCCUACCCGGGACAUCCUUGCUGCAGGAGAUGUAGACGGAGAUGUUUUUGUGUAUUCAUAUUCCUGUGUAGAAGAUGGAAACAAAGAACUAUGGUCGUCUGGACAUCACCUCAAAUCCUGUCGAGAUUCAGCAUUUUCCACUGAUGGCCAGCAGCUUUUUACUGUUUCCAAAGACAAGUCUAUUCAUAUUCUAAAUGUGGAAGAGGGAAAACUAGUGAAGCGCAUUACUAAAGCUCAUGACUGCGCCCUGAACAGCCUUCUUGUGAUUGAUGAAAACCUCUUUGCCACCGGUGAUGAGAGCGGGAUGCUGAAAGUGUGGGACCUCCGGAGAGGUACAUCUUUUAUGGAGAUGAAAAAUCAUGAAGAAUACAUCAGUGACAUGGUCAUUGACCAAAAUAAAAAGCUGUUACUUACUGCAAGUGGAGAUGGAACCAUGGGUGUGUUCAACAUUAAGAGACGAAGGUUUGACUUACUGUCUGAAUUCCAGAAUGGAGACUUGACAUCUAUUUCCAUUAUGAAGAGGGGCAAAAAAGUGGCCUGUGGAUCAAGUGAGGGGACAAUCUACCUGUUUAACUGGAAUGGCUUUGGAGCAACAAGUGAUCGUUUUGCAGUGAAAGCAGAGUCUAUUGACUGCAUGAUCCCUGUUAAUGAUAAUAUUGUGUGUACAGGAUCCAUGGAUGGUGUCAUCAGAGCGAUUAACAUUUUACCUAACCGAGUCAUUGGCACUGUGGGCCAACAUCCAGGUGAACCUAUAGAGCAGCUGGCAAAGUCCUAUGAUGGAAAGUUCUUGGCAAGCUGUGGCCAUGACCAGAAAGUAAAGUUCUGGGAUGUUUCAUCGAUUGGGUCUAUCGACGUGGAUGUUUACAGGAAGCGGAAGAAGAACAGGCAACUACCUGCCUUAAGUAAGAAGGCAUUUGGAGGAGCAGAUGACUUUUUUGCUGACUUAAAGGAAGAGACCUUAGAAAACAAAGAUGAGGAGGAAGAUGAAGAUGAUGAUAGCGAUGACACCGACAGUGACUAAAGUAGUCUCUAUUAAGAUACGUUAUGGACCUUUGCUGGAUUUGUCGUCAUGUUCUUUUUUCACACAAUGGGACUUUUCUAUACCAGCUCGAAAAAAGGAAAUUACCUUUGGCAACCCCUGCAGAGUCUAGCGUGUUUACUAUACUGAUUUUUAAAUGUAAGAAGGGCCGGGUUGUUAUUGUACAGCAGUACUACACUCUGCCAUUUUUACGUGGUCAGUAGAAUUCCAGAUCUGAGCAUAAGUGCUAAAAUGUGCUACUUUAAAAUAAUUGUAUCCAUAUUUUAAGCACUGGUUGCUUAAAAACAAAAGAAGAACAGAGAAUUCAAAUGUCAUAGCCAGCGCUGUACUAGAUUCAGUUUUUUUUUUUUUUUCUUUUAUUGUGAACACUUCUUGAGAGCAGAACACUGUAUCUCAGUUAAGAUCUUAUCACAUAGGCUUAUUGCAGGGCUGGUGCAAGUUUUUUUGACACCCUAGGCAAAACCUAAUUUUGCCGCCCCCAUUGGCUCCACCCCCUUUACCAUACACAUGUGACAAGAGGCAGCGCUAUACAGGAAGCAUCGGCUUCCUCUAGCGCUGGUUUAAGUUCUGCGAUGCGCCUCUAAUUACACCACCGGUCGGAUGGAGCAGCUGCCUGGGACUGAGUUAGUUACAUGCUGCAGCCUGCAGACGUGGAGAGAAACCAGUGUCUAGGCAGCAGUGCGCCUAGGAUAGGGUCCUACCCUUUCAUGUCAGGAUGCACUCUACUAUAUCUAUGAGAACUUCCCUGGCUUUUCCACAUCAAGUAACAGUGUGUUUUUUUUUUUUUUAGAUUAGCACCUGGCCUUACAUUCACACAUUCCCUAACCUCUAGCAGGUGGAUGUUUCAGCUGUAUCUCAUGCCAGUUUUCAAUGUAAAAUCCAUUAUGUAGCCGUUUUCUGCUGCAGGUAGUCCCUAAUUUUCUUGUACCCCUCAUUGCACUAGAGAGAGAAAAACAGAUUUUAUCACGAGUCCAAAAUGCCUUUUUAUAACUCAAAGGAGCCGCUUUAAAACAACUUGGCAAGUAUACAAAAAUAAUAAUUACCUGGUGGUUCUGCCAGAACAACAGUCAGCUCCCAAUUUCUUGUAGUGGGCUUAUAGCACGGAAAUACCAAUGAACCAGUGUUUGAUCUUUUUUUAUUUUAACUAAUAACUGGACGUAGUAGGUGUGUCUAAGAGCAGGGCUAGGACCCAUUCUACUGCAGGAUGUUUUAUUGAUUAACCUUUGUCAAAGCACAUACUUGUUGAUAUAUAGGGCAUUAUUUACUAAAACAAGGUUAACUUAGAAUCUGGUGCAGAUGUACAUGGUAGCUAAUCAGCUUCUGUGUGCUCCAGUUUUAAUAAAGCUACCCCAAUGUCUGCACUGUUGUAUACAAUUCACACAUUUUGUAUAGAAUUAGUGCACAGCUAAUGGAAUACAGAUUAAACAUUUGUUGGUAUAUGAUGUACCUUGACAUCCCUAAGCAGUAUAAUGUAAAUUAAGGGUAAAUAAGUCUUCAAAAAAGUUUAUGUACCAGCUAGCACAAACCUGCAAUGUUCAAAAGAGGUUGGCUAUUACAGGGCAAGUGGCCUUAUUUAAUAAACAUUUCCUUUUUAAAUCAAA